CAAUUGUAAUUAAUUGAAACAUCCUUUUCUUUUCCUUUGUUAUCUUUCAAUUUUAAUUGAUUCUCUGUGUGAAAAUUGAAACUUCUUCAUCAAAAUCUAAGAGAUUAGUGAAUAAUUCAUCUGAUUGUUAAUCUUAAUUGUGUUUUCAUCUUUUCUCCUCUAUCAGAAUUCAUAUUCUUCAUCAUCUUUGUUUUCUUUUUUUUCAUAUUCUCUCUCUGUCUCUCUGUCAUAUCGAGAUGGGCCUUAAUUGCUGUUGUGGUUAAAUCAUCAUUUUAAUUGUUAUCUAAUUGAUAAGAUUUGAUUUGGAACUAAUUUCAACCAAGUGAAGAUUGGUAUAGUUUGCUAACUGGAAGGUGACGGAUAUCAGCUGAUUGAUCAUCAUGAGUGAUUUUACUCAAUUCAAAGCAAUUAAUUCUAAAUUAAAGAAACGUUUUCUUCUACGUAAACCUAAUUUCUCUGAGGCUAGUCAACAAUUUAGUGAUUUAAGUCAAGAUUGCAAAGAAUUUAAGUUAUUCGCAGGCCAUUGUUGUCUGGCAUCAGCACGAUGUGAACACUCACUAGGAAACACUAACAUGGAGUUACAAGCUCUACUUCAAGGUGCUCGUUAUUUUGCCGAGGGUAAAGAAAUGAAUGCCGCCAUAUCAGCUUAUCGUCACGCUUUACUUAUCUCAGCGGAAGCCGCUUUACCUUAUAUUUACACAGAACUAGCUCGAUUAUAUGAGAAACACCGUCGAUUCAACGAGGCUGCUAUUGUCUACGAAGAGGCCACAAUGUACCGUGAAGCGGCCAAUUGCUACAUGGAUGGUCACCUUUACGACAAAGCCUUAACUUGUUUCAAUAAACUGGACAAGCAAAAGUUGAAAGUAAACGAUGAAAUAUCAAUCUUCUUAUUGAAAUUGUUUCUUUACGAUGUUCGUCGACUUUCACUUGAAUUUCCAGUUGUAAAUUAUACCUGUGAAGAUGAUGAUAUUAUCUCAUUGAAUAUUCUAUUGGAAUCACUUUUCUAUUUUGAAACUGAACAUGGAGAAGGUGUUGAAAUUAAGAGUAACAUUAUCGCCAAAUUAAAUCCCUUUUUGGAUGGAAGACAAAAGGAACUUCUUUCUCUUGGUGAUCCGAAAACUGAAUCAAAUGAAAUUUCUAAUGGAUUGUUCAAUUUGAGAAUCUAAUCAACGUUGGAAACAUCAUGAAGGCAAUCAAAUUAUUAUUAUUACAUUCCCAAGGAAUAAUCCAAAGUUAUGGUCGCAAUUCAAUCGAUAUCAAAAUUAAUCGAGGAUAAAAUCUUAAUGGUCUUAAUAUUUUAAUUAUCCAUCUUCCCAAUUUUAAACCAAAGAUACACUUAAUUAAUGGCAAAUGGAUUAAAUCAAAUUUAUAUUUGUCAUGAAACUGACUUUUCCCGUGAAGAUAAUCAAUUCAAUCGUUGCCCAGAUUAAGAGACAAACUUGAAAUUAAUUGUGAAAAUAAGUUAUUACUAUUUAUUUUGAUUUAAGUCUUUUUUAUGACAAUUGUUAUUUUCUUAUGGCUACAAUAUUGCAUUCUAAUUGUUAUGUUAAAUUGUUUACUUUUUUUUGUGA